AUGGACUCAGCGACGCCGACUCGGCACUUUGCUUUGCACCACGUGAACAACCGCGCGAAGAUGUCGCCGCCGCCACAACGUCGACGGGGCCGCAGCCCACUCGCGCUCCGCUGCGCUCGGCAUCUGCUGGCGAUCGCGUUUUUGCUCCUGAGCGCCAGCGACGCGCGCCGCGUGAUCGCGGAGCACUUGCACCGUAAGUACCUGCACGACGUGUUAGCGUCGCGGCGUCACGUGGAGAUCCGCGUGGACGACUUUUCGUUCUCGGACGGACAAGAGACGCAGCCAAAUGUGGCAAUCAAAGCACGGGACAUUCAGAGCUCAGAGCUGAGUGGAUGGCCGGCGAUGGACGAUUUGCACGUUGUAACGUGGGACUUGACAGACGAGAUGGACAAAAUACCGCGCAUGGAGGAACCAGCUGUUGUUGAAGUAGUGGGUCCAGUGGAGCCACUGCCAGCUGUUGUUGCCGAAGUGGGUCGGCUAGAGCCACGGACAGCAGCUGUUGGACAAGGAACAGACAGUGAACUUAGUUUUGCUCCUGGAGGAGAUACUGUGGAUGUGGACGUGGUUGCAACAAAGAACAGGCAGAACGUCGUCACGUCCGAGAGGAUUGGCGAGUCCCGCACAGCUGUCUGGUGGUGGAGUCACGAGAAGACUGAGCUCACGACACAAGAACAGGCUGCUGUGCUGGCAGUGGUCGUGGCGAUGCUGCUGGUCAUUGGGCUUGUCUUGGCAGGAUUGUGGCACUUGGCGUGGUUAUCAUGGCGGCUGUAUCGAGAGCGACAGACCCUGUGGAAACUCUUUCAUGAAGAGGACCCGGUAGUGUUGGAGCAAGAGUUGCGCGAAUUCCCGGCCGACCUCUUGUCACUGCGGAUCAAGCAGACUGCUUGUGUGAGGCUACGCCAUCUGCAGGUUGUUCGGCAGGCACAGGAUUUGAAGCAGCAGCUCGAGGCGGUUGAGUUCCGUGAAAUUGAGAUGGCGUUGGUGGAGAUGCCACUUCACGCGGCGAGUCGGAAGGAAAUGACAUUUGCAGAGAUUCUGACCACAGUUGAAGAAAUUGCGUGCAGGGGUGAACAGGUGGCAGUGGAGAUGAUGCAGCUCGUUGUUCCUGCGCGCUGGAAGCAAUACGUUGACGAAAAGAUGUGGCUCGAAGCUCAAGAUGAGAGUCUACAGAGUUUGCACUUGGAAAACGCGCGUGUCCAGCAGCUGGCCGAGCAAAUUUCGGAGCUUCUUGUGGCAAAAGUAAAUUCAAAUGUGGUGAUUCCGAAACCAGCGUUCCUGUCGCUGCUUGCGUCGCUCCGUCAGAAUUCGGAAACGCCGUUACAGAACAGCACGAACGGGAAGGCGGCGUCUAGCGAGUUAGACGCAUUUGCACGAUGCUGGAGCGGUAGCAUGACGGCGAGCGGCAGUGGUAGCCAUCUCAGUCGCAAUAAGAACAAGGAUGAAUUUAGCUUCUUUCUCAAGGCUUUUGACGAGGUGGCCGAGCAACAGAAGGUCCGGCAGGAACUAGCGGAUGCUAUUGACAAGUUCCAGUCAGCGCACGAGCCGGAACACGAACAGCUACUGCUGCUGGGGAAUACAGAGAUCGUGAGCAGUGGUCAGAUGGUUCAACAGACGAAGCAGCCAGGUACUGCUGCAAAAGCCGGCGGUGGAACCACUGCUGCAUCCAUGCGUCGUCUAGAGCGAUGGGUGGACGAAGCUGAGAUAAUGGAGAUGACUUAUGUUGAGGAGGUUGAGAGCGCGCAAUUCAUGCUGGAAGAUGCCCGACGUGACAGCUUUUGCGCCGCAGUUGUUAGCAACGAUGGCAAGGGCCUCGAUAGUGUCGAGACAUUGGCAACCAACUUUGUCGCGCUUGGCGCCAAGCGCCAAGAUGCCAUCUUGAAAGCUGGGGAAAUCCUAGCCAACCGCUCGAAUAUGAUGCUGUUGGUAAACAGUCUCCGGGGCAUGUUUGAUCAGCUGCGCAAGCGCGAUAUAAUGAAGAUGAAUGAGCGGCGAAACCGCGAUCGCACCAAAGCCCAAGAAAAGCGUGACCGCGUGGCUCAGAAGUUCCACGACAAACAAAGGCUGAUCAUUGAGAAGAUUGAGCGAGCUCGCGAGGCCCAGCGACUUAUCGAAGAGGAAGCGCGGCUUGAGCGACGAAAGGAGGAACUCAAGCAGUUUCGUGCUCAAAACGCCCGGAACCGUGCAUCGUUCGUCUGGACGGUAACAAAGACUGACGUGCUCGUGGUGUUGGUGAUCAUGGCUAUCGUGUUCUUUGACAACCUGCGGGAAGUGGCUUUCGUGAAACCUUUGUGUCAGCCUGAUAAAGCGCACCACUGGUGGAUGGUUUCGUGGUGGACGCCGGCAUCGCUCCAGGUGUUUGGUUGCGAGGUGGUGUACGGACUGAAGAUCUUGGGUAUCCUUCUAGCACUCGGCGUGAUUUUCUUCGCCGCAGCUCAGCUCAACAUGGUGGCUGUCAUGUUGCCAGUACUUGGUGCGAUUGUUCUCUUUUAUCUACGGGACGAAUGGAUGAACAUGCUCUUCCGCCUGCCACUAUUGCUCGUCAUCUACGGCUUCAAUUCAGGCAUUCUUUACCUGUUCAACCGUUUCGAGGACCGCAGUACCGAUGACCACGAUGAUCACGUGGUCAAGACGCUGGACAAGAGUGGUGCGAUCACUCCAACAAGAACGAAGCGGCGGAGUUUGCUACUUUACGUACUGUUCCCGCUAUCGUCGUUCCUGCUGACUGUGGUAACGGGCGUUGGUAUCGCUUGUGACAUCCCGGAGCAAUGCGCCACGUCAGCUUAUAAGGCUGCUGCGCCUAUACUGACAGGUCUGUGGGCGUUUGCACGUGGAGCUUAUCGGUUAUAG